AUGAGGGGUCUUUUUCUAGCGAUCGCAGCACUCGCCGUCGGAGUCCUCUGCGCUCCAGUCAGUUCCACCUUAUUGGAGCCACACUGUGGCACUAUGCAAAGGAAAGUUUCUUACCGAAUAUCUGGUGGCAUGAACGCGCCUAUUACUCCUUGGCUUGCUUAUAUCCACUCCUCGACUCGGCUGCUUUGCGGAGGCACCCUAAUCACGAACCGGUUCGUCCUUACAGCAGCACACUGCAUCACUCAAGGAAUCGCCGUAAAGGUGCGCCUUGGGGAGUACGAUGAAACCACCAGUAUGGACUGCGUCGACGGGGUCUGCCUUCCGAGAGCCGAGGAGUACAACGUGGACAUGGCCAUUAAGCACAGUAAAUUCAGCCUAACGAAACAGCAAAGCGACAUCGCUCUCCUCCGCCUGGAUCGCAUUGUGACGUACAGACCUGGUCGCAUCUAUCCCAUAUGCAUUAUUUUGGACAAAUCUUUGGAGAGCCGCAUCGAGGAACUUCAGUGGUUCGAAGCCUUUGGAUGGGGUGAUACCAAUUCGAACAGGACUCGGGGUGCUCUCCAAACCGUGAAGCUUCAGCGGAUUGAUAAGAGGCAAUGCAGAAAUGACCUUCAGGUGGAACUGAACCAUAAACAGUUCUGUGCGGGAAGUGAAGCCGGAGAUACGUGCAAUGGGGAUUCCGGAGGUCCUCUUACUCGGAUUGUGAAGUAUGAGGGUCGAAACCGAACUGUUCAGAUCGGAGUGGUCAGCUUCGGCAGUGUGGAAUGCAUCGGCAUCGGAGUGUAUACAAAUGUGAUCAGCUAUGUCGAUUGGAUCGCCAAUGUUGUGCAGAUGACGAAGGAUAUCAUAGCACCAGUAAUGCAAUAAUUAAAACUAAUCGAAAUAAUUGUGGGAUAAAGAUUUAUCAGGAAACCGUAAAUCUUUGUUGUUCAGUUUUCUGUUGAAAUAUUAAAAACAUUCUUCCGAUUGUGGUCUUUAAAUAAUUUUAAAAAAUUUGUGUUAUCUCCUUCACUUUUAACAAAGAGAGGAUUUCAAGAGCAGAUCAUAAUUACCUCAGUCGGAAUAAAACGAAAUAAAUUUUGACAAUAACUUAAACAUACAUAAUAUUCAUU